AUGCAAAACUCCGAAUAUACAAAAAAUUUAUCUAUUCCAAUUCCUCAAAAUAUUUUAAUUGGUAAAUUAAUUGGUCGUGAAGGACCACAAAUUAAAAUUUAUGUUAACAAUAAAAAAGAAAUUCCUCCAUUUGAAAAUAGAAUUAAUGAUGCAAGUAGUCAAUUAAAUGAUUUAAUUAAUGAUGCAAGUAAUCAAUUAAACGAUUCAACAAAACAAAUUUCUAAACAAGAAAAUAAAAAAGUUGAUAAAAUUAAAAAGAAAAAAGAAAUUUCUUUAUUUGAGAAUAGAAUUAAUGAUGCAAGUAAUCAAUUAAACGAUUCAACAAAACAAAUUUCUAAACAAGAAAAUAAAAAAAUUGAUAAAAUUAACAAGAAAAAAGAAAUUUUUUUAUUUGAGAAUAGAAUUAAUGAUGCAAGUAAUCGAUUAAACGAUUCGACAAAACAAAUUUCCAAACAAGGAAUUGAUAAUAUUAACAAGAAAAAAGAAGUUCUUCUAUUUGAGAAUAGAAUUGGUCAAUUAAACGAUUUGAUAAACGGAUUUCCUAAACAAAAAAAUAAAAAAAUUGAUAAAGAUAAAAAAGGUAAAAAAAAGGAAAAGAAAAAAAAAGAUAAAAAAGUUUUAAAAAAAGUAGAAUUUGAAAGACCUUCAAAGGAAGUGGAAUUUGAAAGAAUUUCAAAGGAAGUACAACAUAAAUCUCAAGAGCUCAAGAAAACUUUGACGAAAUUUGUGGAUAAUAAGGUUGCAAAAGUUGCAGAUGUUGCGGUGGUUAAUGAUGAUUUACCAGAAAAAUUUUCAAGAUUUUCAAAAAAUUUCAAAAGAAAAUGUAAAAAUAAGCCUAAACAUAAGAAAAUGCCUGAUGGGAUGUGUUGGAAUGGGGUUGACUGUAGAAGAAAAUUUUGUCAAUUUGAACAUCCAUCUGUUCGUCAAUAUUAUAAUCGUUAUUUAAUAUUAAGAUACAAGAAAGAAAUUUAUUCAAGAAAACAUAAAAGAGAUUUUAAAAAAGAAUCUAGACUUUACAUAAAAAAUUAUAAAAUAGAGGAUUAA